UGCACUUUUUUUGUAAAGAAAAGCAGAAAGCAGAGAAAAAGGAGCUUUUGCAGCGUACACGCAUCAACCAGUGUAGAGGAGCUCAAGAAAAAUAUACAUUUAUGGAGACACGCAGAGAGGAGAGAAACAGAAGGUGAAGAAGCCUUUGGAUCCUCUUCUGUUCUCUUCUAUCAAGUUGAGAUUGAUUUGACCAAGUUAAAAAAUUUGACGGAGAAUCAAUGCUGACUGUCUGAUCACAUUGUCUGAUCAGUAUUUUGAUUUUAUUUGAUUUUUUUUUUUCAUCUAAAUUAUCGCCGUCAAUGGGAGCCCGCUGCUCCAAAUUCUCCCUCUGUUGGUUCCACUCUCAUCUCAAGUCUUCCGUCCUCGAAUCCACCGAUCUCGAAAGUGGAGGCAAAAAUGACCGAAAUGUAUGGCCGAGUUUCACCGAGUUCAGCUUUGAGCAACUGAAAGUUGCCACGAGUGGUUUCUCUUCGGAUAAUAUUGUGUCGGAGCACGGUGAAAAAGCACCCAACGUCGUUUACAAAGGGAAGCUCGACAAUGACCGAUGGAUUGCUGUUAAGCGAUUUAACAGACUGGCAUGGCCUGAUUCUCGCCAAUUCCUUGAGGAAGCCAGAUCAGUAGGGAGUUUGAGGAGCGAGCGGUUGGCGAAUUUGAUUGGAUGUUGCUGUGAAGGCGAUGAGAGAUUGCUUGUUGCCGAGUUCAUGCCCCAUGAAACGCUUGCAAGGCAUCUGUUUCACUGGGAGAACCAACCUAUGAAAUGGGCAAUGAGGCUGAGGGUAGCUCUUUAUUUGGCGCAAGCCCUGGAAUACUGUAGCAGCAAGGGAAGGGCAUUGUAUCAUGAUCUUAAUGCCUACAGAGUCCUAUUUGAUCAGGAUGGUAAUCCCAGGCUAUCUUGCUUUGGACUAAUGAAGAAUAGCCGAGAUGGAAAAAGUUAUAGCACGAAUUUGGCUUUCACCCCUCCGGAGUACUUGAGAACCGGUAGAGUGACCCCAGAGAGUGUAGUGUACAGCUUUGGAACACUCUUGUUAGAUCUUCUGAGUGGCAAGCAUAUUCCUCCAAGCCAUGCACUUGACCUGAUUCGUGGCAAGAAUUUCCUUAUGUUAAUGGAUUCUGCUUUGGAGGGUCAUUUUUCAAAAGAUGAUGGAACUGAAUUAGUGCGAUUAGCUUCCCGUUGUUUACAAUAUGAAGCUCGUGAGAGGCCAAAUGCAAAGUCGCUUGUUACUUCACUUUUGUCACUUCAGAAAGAAGCAGAGGUUCCAUCUUACGUAUUGAUGGGUAUCCCACAUGAGGCUGCACCGUCAACUCAGCAAUUGUCAUUAACUCCUUUUGGUGAGGCAUGCUUGAGAAUGGAUCUUACAGCUAUACAUGAAAUCCUGGAGAAGAUUGGAUACAAGGAUGAUGAAGGGAUUGCCAAUGAGCUUUCUUUUCAAAUGUGGACCAGUCAAAUGCAGGAGACAUUGAAUUCUAAGAAGCAUGGAGAUACUGCUUUUCGAGCUAAGGAUUUUGCAACUGCCAUUGAAUGCUACACGCAAUUCAUUGAUGGGGGAACCAUGGUGUCGCCAACUGUGCAUGCCAGGCGCUGCUUAUCUUACUUAAUGAGUGAAAUGCCACAAGAAGCUCUUGGGGAUGCUAUGCAAGCCCAAGUGGUAUCUCCUGAGUGGCCCACUGCCUCAUACCUUCAAGCAGCUUGUCUCUUCAGCCUUGGAAUGGAGACGGAUGCACAAGAAACACUCAAAGAUGGCACAAAAUUAGAAGCCAAAAGGAACAAAAGCUGAAAGUGUAUAGGUUUCUCAUUUUUCCCAUUCGUUUUCCCCUUUUUUUGCAAUGUAUUUUAUUUUUAUAAUUUUGUGUAGGCUAUUUAUUGUACGUAGUCUUAUUAGUUUUCCCACCUAAUUUUCAGUUUUUCUUGACGCUACAACAUUGAGGAUUCUUCAGGAAUUGUUGUUUGUGUUGAUAAAUAUUUAUGCUGAAUCUUAAUCUGUUGAAUGCA